CUGAAGCUGGUCUAUCGUCGAGACCAAUCAUUUGCCGUCCCUCUUUUCUUCUUCCCACCUGAACCGAAAAUCCCCUUUUUCUUCACAACGAAAAUUAGGGUUUUCUCUCUCUCUCUCUCUCUCUCUCUCACACACACACACACACGGGAUCCAUCCAGUCGAUUCGAAUCCAUGGCGACUCGAAGGCGUAUGCUUCUCAAGGUCAUCAUCCUCGGCGACAGCGGGGUUGGGAAGACGUCGCUGAUGAAUCAAUAUGUGAAUAAGAAGUUCAGCAACCAGUACAAAGCCACGAUUGGGGCUGAUUUCUUAACCAAAGAGGUUCAGUUUGAGGACAGGCUCUUCACUUUACAGAUAUGGGAUACAGCUGGUCAGGAGAGAUUCCAGAGUCUUGGGGUGGCUUUCUAUCGUGGUGCAGAUUGUUGUGUUCUUGUUUAUGACGUUAAUGUCCAAAAGUCAUUUGACAACCUGAACAACUGGCGGGAAGAAUUUCUUAUUCAGGCUAGUCCCUCGGACCCAGACAACUUCCCAUUUGUAGUGUUGGGGAACAAGAUUGAUGUGGAUGGUGGAAAUAGCCGAGUGGUUUCAGAGAAGAAGGCUAGAGCAUGGUGUGCUUCCAAGGGGAACAUCCCGUACUUUGAGACAUCUGCUAAAGAAGGCUUUAAUGUGGAAGCUGCUUUUCAGUGUAUAGCGAAGAAUGCCCUCAAAAAUGAACCAGAGGAAGAGAUAUACCUUCCAGACACCAUAGAUGUAGCUGGUGGGAGGCAGCAAAGGUCAUCAUCAGGCUGUGAAUGCUAGGAUUACAAUCUCAUGGACUUUGCUCCCACAAUUUGUUAUCUAGUUAAAAUAUUUCCAGCUUAGCCCAUUAUUUGUUGUGUUUAUAAAGAGAGUCAAAAAGAAAAUAAAAGGAGUAUCAUGCUCCAAAGAGAUUGCGACUAAUGUUCAGUGGUUUAUUUUCAGUUGCUCAUAUUAUUUGUUCUGCCAGACAUUUUCAGUUGUGUAGAAUCGUGGUUUUUUGCUAUCAUAAGUUAUGCUCUGGAGUUCUCAUA